UAAACCCUUGCAGCGCAAUUAGUCCGGCAAUUGGUGGGCUUCCUGUCCCUUGUAGUGGCGGUGUGAUAAAUCUUGAAGGGGUGUGUACCUUCAAUCCGUUCUUUCUUCUCUUCGCUGCAUCUGCUCAACUGUGCAUCUGCCCACCGCGGUAUUACUUGGCCUUCGACUAUACCACAGCUCCAAAUAUUCAAGUUAACUGUAGAAGCAUAACAGGCUCACCCUGCCGGACUGAUCUGGAUUGUAAGUCGAGGACCAUGGACUGUUUGGGUAUAUCAUCGUUCAGCCAAGUCAACUUCGAUGGCAGCGGCCUUAUGUCUCCCAUCGCCCAAGACCUUGUGGACAUUCUUUUGCCGGUUGCAACUCUGCUAUGCGGCUUUAGUGAUUUAUACAGGACGUCUAGUAUACCCCUCUUUUCUUGUAAUGGGGUCUCCUCUGGUGUGAUAGGCCAAUGCCAGGAAGUCAAAACUACCCUCGUGCGUAUUCGGUCCGAAAACUUUCCCGACCGUACUUGGGGACUUGACCAAAACGGCGACGCCUUCAUCAAUCAGGGAUUCAGCGGCAAUAUUUUCUACGUUGUCCCAGGCUUAACAGGACAACCAGGAACAGUGUCCUUCAACUCCGUGGAGUACCCGUGCUCCUAUCUCCGUCACUUUAAUUUUGCGCUGAGACUUGAGAGCUCACAGAACCCAGCGAAUCCCGAGAUUUACAACGAGGACGCCACUUUCUACCCUCGACCCAACCAGUUUAUCCCAGGGUUUACAGCUUACGAGUCGGUGAACUUUCCUGGCCAGUUUAUCCGCCAUCUUGGCUUCAGGCUGCUUUUGAAUACGAACGACGGCUCUCCGUUAUUCGCGAGAGAUGCCAGUUUCAGCAUUGAAAAUAUUGAUUUGCUGCAAAGUUGUAACAAUUAACUUCAAUCCACGUCGAUGGAGCAGAGACUUUUGAUACAUACUCGUACAUCGGAAUAAAGAGUUCAAGUUCUGCGUGAAGAGUAACUUC